CUGCAGCGCCUGCGCACGCGCAGAAAGGAAGAGGCGGACUUCCGGUUGCAACCGGCUCACGCUCCCUUCUUGUCAGUGGCCGGCUGCAGCUCCGUGAGCGAAACAUCCAACCAUGGUUCUUGCAAGUUUGAAUAAGACGAUUGGACUUCAGAAAAAUACUGACUUCAUUAGGAAUAUCUGUAUACUAGCCCAUGUGGACCAUGGCAAGACAACUUUAGCUGACUGCCUUAUUUCUAGCAAUGGAAUAAUCUCUAGCAGAUUGGCAGGCAAGCUGAGAUACUUGGAUAGCCGAGAAGAUGAGCAGAUUCGAGGAAUUACAAUGAAAUCAAGCGCAAUUUCAUUACAUUUUGGAAAAGAUGGUCAGGAGUAUCUGAUUAACCUAAUCGACUCCCCUGGCCAUGUGGACUUCUCUUCAGAAGUGUCCACAGCUGUCAGACUCUGUGAUGGCUGCAUCAUUGUGGUAGAUGCUGUGGAAGGAGUCUGCCCGCAGACUCAUGCAGUUUUGCGGCAGGCUUGGCUAGAAAAUAUUCGUCCAGUUCUGGUGAUUAAUAAAAUAGACCGUCUCAUAAUGGAGCUCAAGUUUACCCCUCAGGAAGCAUAUUCUCACCUUAAGAAUAUCUUGGAACAGGUGAAUGCAAUCACUGCAACACUCUUCACUUCGAAAGUUCUUGAAGAAAGGGCGGAGAAAGAAAUGGAAACUCAGUUGACUUCUGAUUCUUCACAUGGUGACCAAGUUUAUGACUGGAGUGCAGGCUUGGAAUUUUCUGAUGAUUCCAAUCUUUACUUUUCACCCGAUCAGGGGAACGUGGUAUUUGCUAGUGCAAUUGACGGCUGGGGAUUUGGCAUCGAGCAUUUUGCCAAGCUGUAUAGCCAGAAGAUUGGAAUCAAAGCUUCAGUACUGCUGAAAACCCUGUGGGGAGAUUAUUAUCUAAAUACAAAAGCUAAGAAGAUAAUGAAAACUGACCAGUUGAAAGGAAAGAAGCCUUUGUUUGUGCAUCUGGUGCUGGAAAACAUAUGGAGCCUCUAUGAAGCAGUUACAAACAGAGACAAGGAGAAAAUUGAUAAAAUCGUCUCCUCCCUGGGAUUGAAAAUUGGUGCCCGUGAAAUGCGCCACACAGAUCCGAAGGUUCAGCUUAAUGCCAUUUGCAGCCAGUGGCUCCCAAUAUCGGAGGCCGUUCUCUCCAUGGUCUGUAAUAAACUCCCUAGUCCUCUUGAUAUCACAGCUGAGAGAGUAGAAAAACUGUUGUGCGUGGGAGCGAAAACAUUUGAUUCUCUACCGCAAGAAACUCAAGACCUGAAAGACGCGUUUAUGAAAUGCAGCAGUGAAGAAACUGCCCCAGUCAUUGUCUUUGUUUCCAAAAUGUUUGCAGUGGAUGCUAAGACAUUGCCACAGAACAAGCCAAGGCCUCUGUCACAAGAUGAAAUAGCCCAAAGGCGUGAUUUUGUAAGGCGACGACAUGCUGAGAAGUUAGCAGCAAAUCAGGAGCAGCAGUUGGCACAAGAGACGAAUGGAGGAAAUACAGCGGACCAAGUUCUAAAGACAGGCGAUGAUCAACCACCUACAAGUCAAAUGGAGACGAUGACCCUGGCUGCUGCAAAACGGGAAGCCGAAAAUAAGGACGCCUUUGUGGCUUUUGCAAGGGUGUUCAGUGGAGUUGUGAGAAGGGGACAAAAGCUCUUCGUUCUUGGACCAAAAUAUGAUCCUGCUGAGUCGUUGCACAAGCUUCCUGUAGGAUGUUCUGCUUCUGAUAACCUGCCUUCAGUGCCUCAUUUGACUUGCUGCACUUUAGAAGAUCUCUACCUAUUGAUGGGGAGAGGACUUGAGGAACUACACGAGGUGCCUUCAGGGAACGUGCUGGGGAUAGGAGGGUUGCAAGAAUUCGUACUGAAGUCGGCAACGCUCUCAUCGUCGCCAGCUUGCCCACCGUUUAACCCCCUCAACUUCGAAGCAACACCUAUUGUGCGAGUUGCUGUGGAGCCAAAACACCCAAGUGAGAUGCCGCAGUUGGUUAAAGGCAUGAAGCUUUUAAACCAAGCUGAUCCUUGUGUACAAGUUUUAAUCCAGGAGACAGGGGAGCACGUGUUAAUUACAGCAGGAGAAGUCCAUCUUCAGCGCUGUUUGGAUGACUUGAAAGAGAGGUUUGCCAAGAUAGAAAUUAGCGUAUCGAAACCAAUUAUUCCAUUCCGGGAAACCAUAACAAGACCCCCCAAACUUGACAUGGUGAACGAAGAAAUAGGGAAGCAGCAGAAAGUUGCCAUCAUACACCAGAGUAAGGAAGAGCAGAACAAAAUCCCUGAAGGUGUGCAGGUUGAUUCAGAUGGGCUGAUAACGAUAUCGACGCCAAACAAAUACGCCACGCUCAGCAUCAGAGCAACGCCUCUUCCUGAGGAGGUAACUCAACUACUGGAGAAGAACAGCGGCUUAAUUCGGACCAUAGAACAAUUCUCCUCUUACCUAAAUGAAGGUAAGAAAACAGAAGAGAUGAAUCCGAAGACCUUUGAGCAGAUACAGGAGUUCAAAAAAAGACUAGAGGAAAACCUACCAGGAAGAAAAUGGAGAAAUGCCGUUGAUGGGAUCUGGUCCUUUGGCCCCCGAAAAUGUGGGCCUAACAUUUUACUGAACAGAUGUGAAGGCUACAAGAGGUCUGUGUGGCAAUGCCUGGAAGCAAGCAAGCCACCCAAGGAAGCGAGCGUGUAUCGGGAUUUUGACAACAGUCUUGUCAGCGGGUUCCAGUUGGCCACGCUCUCAGGACCAAUGUGUGAAGAACCACUUAUGGGUGUCUGUUUUUCGGUGGAGAAAUGGGACAUGGGCAGAUUUGAAAUGUCACUUAACCGGCAGGAUUCGGAUGAAAGGAAGUCUACAGAGGAGACAUCGGCAGGGGAGGAAACUGCCCUUGUGUCGAGGACUGGAGACACUGAAUCGGCUUCUGAAACUGAGCUGCGAGAUGGUGACCAGUGUAGCCUCAAAUCAUCCAGUAAGCCCAAAGGAGAGGCUUUGCCUGCAGACUGUUAUGGCCCUUUCUCUGGACAACUGAUUGCAACCAUGAAGGAAGCAUGCCGUUAUGCUAUGCAAGCAAAGCCACAGAGGCUUAUGGCUGCCAUGUACACCUGUGAGAUUAUGACCACGGCUGAGGUCCUAGGUCGCGUUUACGCUGUCCUCUCCAAAAGAGUCGGCCGGGUGUUGCAGGAAGAGAUGAAAGAAGGGACAGACGUGUUUAUUAUCAAAGCAGUGUUGCCAGUAGCAGAGAGCUUUGGCUUCGCUGAUGAAAUCAGGAAGAGAACAAGCGGCCUAGCCACUCCACAGCUGGUCUUCAGUCACUGGGAGGUAAUUUCAGAUGAUCCAUAUUGGGUACCAACCACAGAGGAAGAGUAUCUGCACUUUGGGGAGAAGGCAGACUCCGAGAACCAGGCCCGCAAGUACAUGAAUGCUGUAAGGAAGCGGAAGGGACUUUGUGUAGACGAGAAAAUCGUGGAGCAUGCUGAGAAGCAAAGGACUCUCAGCAGAAACAAAUAGCUGCCUUCAAUUCUGUUUCUCUGUUAAGUUCUCUCUGUACCGGAGAUUCAAAAAAAGUCACCUUGGAUGUACAAUUCUGUGUGGGUUUUCUUACUGCGAGUUGUCUGUGGCUUGAGUUUUAAUAAACCUAAGCCUUUCCAACUUC